AUGCGGAUACAGGCGACGCUUCUUCUGCUCGCCUCGUGCGUUCCUUCAACCGUGGCCAUCUAUUCCGAUGAGAUCAACCAUAUCGAUUUCCACCAUGCCUUACUCGGCGUCCCCUCGUCCCACUCGACCUUCUUCCUCAAGCCCUCUUCUUCCUCCAACGCUUCUCUGCUAUAUACGCUGUCGGAAAAAUCGCUUCUCGGUGCUGUAAACCCCCGGGACGGGUCGGUCGUCUGGAGACAGAAUAUUUCGCGGUCGUCAUUGCCGGCCGAUCACGGUGCCAGUCAAGAUCGUAUUCUACGUGGCUCUGACGGGACGAACGCUUUGGUCGGCGCUGUGGGCAACUAUGUUUCCUCGUGGAGUGCUCUAGAUGGUAAAUUGAUCUGGGAGAGCUCGUUUGGCGACGAGGUUGUGGCGGAUCUUGAGCUCUUAGAGUUGGAGGAUGCCAAUGUGGCUCCCUCCACUAAAGACGCGAUUGCGCUUUUCGGGGGAAAGAACGGAGUCAUCCGGAGGCUUGAUGGAGAUUCGGGAGAGGUUAAAUGGGAGUAUAAGGAUGAAAGUGGUGAUAUUCCCUUCCAGAUCUCAUCGUCUGCGACCGAAAUUUUCUAUAUUUCUCUGCAAUCAGCUCUGCUGAAAGGAUACAAGAUCAAGGUCACUUCGUUAGAUCUAUUGUCUGGACGACAGAAGCAACAGGUCUCCCUUAACUCGGAGAGUGACGUGACUGGGCCGGAGUCGGUUCUUUUCGUUGGCGCAAACACAGCUUCUCCUUUGAUAGUUUGGGCAGAUAAGUCAAAUAAGACCUUGAAGGUGAAUAUCAUUGGUUCGAAGUCGGUGAGUUCGUUCAACAUCGACAGCACGAGUGGUGAGGAAGUCCGGUCGAUUACCGUCCACGCUCCGAAAAAGCUGAAUUCGCUGGUACAUUUCCUGGUCCAUUAUGAGACAGACUCUAGCUCCUGGGCCGACGUGUAUCAUAUCGAUUUGAAGUCCGCUGUGCCGUCCAAGGCAUAUGACCUUCCCCGUUUACCGGGAUGGUCCGUUUUCGCGACGAGCAACAGCGACGCAAAUGUCUAUUUUACUCGCAUCACAGAUUCGGAGGCUACUGUUGUCUCAUCGGUUUCCCAUGGCAUUCUAGGGCGAUGGCCCCUGCAGAACGUCCCAGUGGAACGUGCUACGCACGCUGUUUCGGAAGUGGUUGCGAAGGGAGAUACUGUGGCCGUCCGAUCGGCAGCCGUCUUGGAUUCUGGUGAUUGGGAAUUGAUCCGCAACGGUCAAACUGAGUGGACGAGAUAUGAAGCUUUGAUGGGCGCCUUAGCUGCCCAGUGGGCUGAGACGGAUGGACAGGAGGAUUUGGUCCAUCAGCUUGAAGUUGAGGGCCAUGAAAGCCUGUAUGGGGCAUACGUGCAUCGUGUCAAGCGUCACUUCAGAGACCUUCAAUAUCUUCCCGAUUGGCUGAGAGGGUUGCCCACGCGCAUUCUUACUAGUUUUGUGACCGAUGAUGUCUCCAAUCUCGAUGGCUUCGGGCUCACCAAGCUUAUAAUUGUCGCCACAGAGAAUGGACGAGUUUAUGCCCUCGACAGUGGGAAGCAAGGUUCUGUUUCCUGGAGCGUGAAGGCUGCAGAGUCACAAUCAUGGGGCGUCAAAGGGAUCGUCACUCAACCCGGUACUGCUACAGUCUACGCCGGCGACGGCAGUUCAGUCAAACUAAAUGUCACAUCUGGAGCUAUUAUCGAUCGUUCGCCGGCCAGCACUAAGCUCCGUUCAAUUGCCAUCAUCAAUGACAAAUCCGCUCCAGUUACCAUCGGCAUCCGGGAGGACGGGACCCCCUUGCAGUCAGUGGAUCAGCCUGGAAUUUUCGUGACCUUAAGUGACGACGGUCGAGUACUGGGGUGGAAGACCAACGACAUCAAAACCCCAAUUUGGGAAUUCUUGCCUACAUCAGGUCAGAAAAUCAUCCGUGCAACUGCACGUCCUUCCCAUGAUCCUGUAGCCUCCAUUGGUAAAGUUCUGGGUAACCGGUCGGUUCUCUACAAGUAUUUGAGCCCCAAUUUGGCUCUUAUCACGGCUGUCGGUGAGAACUCAGCGAGUUUUUACCUGCUGGAUGCUGUCACAGGCAAAGUCCUAUAUGCCACCACGCAGGAUGCGGUUGAUACCACGCAGCCAAUCGCCUCGACUAUUUCAGAGAACUGGUUUGCGUACUCAUUCUGGGGCGAUGUCUCUGAUUCCUCAGAGGCCAAGGGCUACCAGUUGGUAAUCUCCGAACUCUACGAGUCACCCAUUCCCAAUGACCGCGGGGUACUCGGCUCUGCGUCCAACUAUUCCAGCGUCGAUGAUCUCCCCUUACCCUACGUGGUCUCUCAGGCCUUCAUCAUCCCCGAACCAAUUUCCCACAUGGCUGUCACGCAGACUCGGCAAGGUAUCACCACCCGCCAACUCCUCUGCACCCUCCCCUCCACCAACUCUCUCAUCGGCAUUCCGCGCCCUGUUCUGGACCCCCGUCGCCCCGUCGGCCGCGAUCCAACCCCCUCCGAGGCGGAAGAAGGUCUUUUCAAGUACAACCCUUUCCUCGAAUUCGACGGUAAAUGGUACCUCUCCCAUGCGCGAGACGUCGCAGGGAUCAAGUCCAUCCUUUCUAGUCCUACGCUCCUCGAAAGUACCAGCUUGAUCUUAGCAUUCGGCGGGGAUAUUUUCGGCACCCGCGCAACCCCCAGCCAAGCAUUCGAUGUGCUGGGUAAGAGUUUCUCCAAGCUGCAGCUCCUCAUGACUAUCGUGGCAUUGACUGUGGGCGUGGCGAUUUUGUCUCCGAUGGUCCGCAGCAAACAAGUCAAUCAAAUGUGGAAAGCCAUGUGA